UAUAGGAGCUGUCAAACGUCAAACACGUGCGAGUUGUGUUUACGUUUCCGUGCAGCUCCGAUAGAUUUGGGCCGGACUUCUUGUAAAUAUCCUUUAAUUAUGAACCUUCUUCCGAAAACAAGUCAGGAAUUCGGCCAAACCGAGUAUUGGGAUACUUUUUUCAAAAAGCGGGGGAAAAAAGCAUUUGAAUGGUACGGAGAAUAUCCAGAAUUAUGCGACCAACUGCAUAAAUACAUAAAGGUGAAGGACAGUGUCUUGAUGGUAGGCUGCGGAAACUCCAAACUAAGCAUGGACAUGUACGACAUUGGUUUCAGGGACAUAACAAAUAUCGACAUAUCUCCGGUAGUAAUAAAACAAAUGCUGGAAGUCAAUAGAAAUCAACGUUCCGACAUGAAAUUCCUUCAAAUGGACGCAACAAUGAUGACCUUCCCGGAUGAGAGCUUUUCUGUUGCUUUGGACAAGGGGACAUUGGAUGCUCUCAUGACGGACGAGAGUGAAGGGGUUUUGGAGACCGUUCGAAAGUACUUCUCAGAAGUUUCAAGAGUAUUAAAGAAUGGUGGUCGCUACAUUUGUAUAUCUCUCCUCCAAGAACACAUCCUUAAAUUCGUCCUACAAUACUUUCCCAGCAACAAUUGUAUGCUCCGCAUCGUGCGAUGCUUCGAAGCUGAACAGAAAACGACAGAGACCAGCACUGACGGAAACGUUAUGCCUGUCUUCGUGUUGGUCGCCACAAAAUUCAAGAUGCUCCCGCAAAAGAUUUUGGAAGUAUGCCUGGGGGGCGACAAGAUGCAACGCCUGCAAACCACCGAUGAAUUGUUCGAAGCCAUCACAUCAAUACAAAGAGCUGCGCUCGUUUGCAACGGGCUGAGUAAAAAUAGUAUUUCUGGGCUAGAUGAAGUGCGUAUAGACCUCUUCCAGCCAGGAACGAAGAAUCCUCGCUACACAGUGCAUAUACUAGACCAGCCACCGGCCCGGGGUAACGGGAAAUACGCAGCAUUCAUUGUACCACAAGGCAGGGAAGUGGAAUGGCUUUUCUCCACGCCCCAGGGUCGCAAAAAGCUGUUAGAAACUGCUCGCCACAAUCGGUUGGCGAUCGUAACGAUGCAUCGCGACCAAACAUAUUCAAGUUUGGUUGAAGUCAAAAGCGAAUUAGCUGAGAGUGUCCGUAAUCUGUCGCCGCAUGGAAUAAAAGAACAGAUUCCUUUCCUUUCCCUGGGCCAAGAUGUCGGGACACGAGAAAUAUUACAUCAAGGCACCACCAAGUUCUCCGGAGACUUUAUCGUUGAAGAAAUUGAAGGAGAAAACAAAAAAGUGUAUCGCCGUUUGGUGUUCCUAAGCAAUCAGUCUGUGAUACAAUCUGAAGCGCUCGUUAAAAUAAUCAAACCGAAGAGUAAACCACCAAAGAAAAAAAUCGACUUGGGAUACUUGGCGUGCCAACACCAUCUGUAUAUGACUGUUGGGGCGAAUUAUGCGGUCAAUACUUGUGGCACUGGUGCCGGCGAGAUCCUCGUUAUUGGUUUGGGUGGUGGCGGACUGUGUAUGUUUAUACACGAAGUUAUAAGAAAUUCUAAACUAACUGCCAUUGAUAUUGACCCAGUUAUGUUGGAAAUUUCGGAAAAGUUUUUCGACCUAAAGCAAGAUAAUCGCUUAGAAGUGGUAAUCGAGGAUGGCAUUGCUUACUUGGGAGCGGCUGGAAAGUCGAAUAAACAAUUCAACGCAAUUCUCUUCGAUGUCGACAGCAAAGACCUGUCCUUAGGCAUGAGUUGUCCACCAGCGAGCUUCCUUGAACCGACAGUUCUAAAUGAUGUGAAAAUGUUGAUAGGCAACAAAGGUGUAUUCGUCCUGAAUCUCGUUUGUCGCGAUGAGACGCUACGGGAGAAAGUUUUGAAUGAUUUGCGAAGUUUUUUCAAAUCGAUUUGCAGCUACAAAUUGGACGAGGAUGUUAAUGAAAUUAUUUAUUGUACUAACUAUGACGUCCCAUCAUGGGCAAAAGCUUUAGAAAAUGCUUCAAAGGAUAUUAAUAAUGCAGUGAAACAAUUGAAGUGGUCAAAAGAUGAAAUGAUCGAUUUAUCAAGCUUUAUUGGAGAUUUGAAAAUAUAAAUAGGUAAC